GCUUUAAAGAGUUUCCACUAUAUUUUAUUUUCAUUUAUUUACCUCCUGCAAGAAGUAUUUUCAGUACAUGUACAACAGUUUCAAGACACCAGCUUUGUAGAAAAUAAUCAUUCUGGUGAGCAUAUUUCGAAAUUGGUCAACACUACUAGAAAAAUUUAAAAUUGAAGUGUUGUGUGAUAUUUCUUUAGAAAUGGUUUAAUUAAUGUCCCAACUUUGAUAAAAUUAAAAGGUUUUCUUUGCAAACAAAUACUUCUGUCCUAUACGGUCCUGAUCGUAUGAGCGAGUGACUAAAUAAAUCUGUCGGAUGGACAACUACAGCGCUAAAACGAUGGGAUGCGUCAUGAUAAGAUCGCUUUGGAAUUGUCUCUUAACUAUUGAUAUAUGUUAUAAGUUUCCAAACUAAAAAUCAAAUUUUUUUAAGAACCAUAGUUAAAAAUUUAGCGUAUCCAGUUCAAACUUGUCCAUCCGACAGAUUUUCGUUACAUAAAAAUCAAUAUUCCAUGGAUAUAUCAUGUGUUUACAAUCUAUUAUUUUCAAAAGUAUCAAAUCUUGGAUUGCUUGAACCAGAGAGAGCUGAUCUGGAAACUCCUGAUAUGGCAUUGUUUUUUAAAUUCCAUGAAUACCAAUAGUCCAUCCGACAGAUAAAUUCUAUCAAAAUAGGGGUCUAAAAGACGUUUUACUCUUCGUUAUAUUAGAGUAAUUUUCAAAUUUUAAUCAAUGAAUCAAAGAACUAAAUGGUAAAGUCAGAAGGAAAGCGAGAAAAUAACCAGAAAAAGUAUAGUUUAAAGUUUGGAUCAAUGAUUUAGAAAAUGAGAAUGUCCAUCCGACAGAUUUUCUAUUAUUUCUACUAUACCUUACUAAAGGGCACCUGGUUGUUAUCUCAAGUUUAUGAUUCUUUUACUAAUGUUUUGCUACCGUGCUACGCCUUUUUUAUACAUUUCAACGUUUGGACGGGCUUUAGAUCAGGGGAAUCGAAUGUUUUUAAGAAUCGAAUGUUUUUGAGAAUCGAAUGUUGUGAAAAAAGUAUAAAAGGAAUGUUUUUGUCAUUUGGCAAACAAAGAAUAUAUAAAGAAGUAUCGAGAAAAGAAUGCAGAAUAAUAUAAGGAGGAAGACAAGAACAGAAAAAGAAAUAAACUUGAAUAUAUGAAAUACGUAGAGCCCAAAAAAUAUGAAGAACAUCUAGAAAAAGACAGGAUGAGAAAGAGGGAAGCCCGAAAGAGAAAAAAACAAGAAAAUGAAGAAGCAAACAAGAAAGACCAAGCUGUUAACAGCAACGAAACUGAACUAACAGCAGCUUUUACAACAAAACAAUCGUUACACCGAAGUGUCAGCAAAGUUGAAAAGCUCUUGCCAAAGAGUCCGAGAAAAAAAUGUGAGGUUAUCAAAGGUUUGGCUCACAAAUACAAGCUAAGGAUUCAGUUUAGCAAAAGGGGGAGAAAAGCAAAUAUCCUAACUGAAGAUCAGACCUCUCACCUUACUGAAUUUUUUGAGCGACCGGAUAUUACAUAUACUAACCCAGGUCGAAUGGAUAACAAGUAUGUUGGCAUUAUUAACGGAAAGAAAACGUUUCUACAAAAGCGUUACCUUCUGUGGACAUUGACAGAUCUUUUGAAGAUUUUGAAUGGGGAAGAAAACGGUCAUCAAUUUUCAUUUAGGCAGAUGUACAAAUAUAUCAAAACACAAAAGCAACUCGUAUUACAGAAGGACAUUCCAGACACAUCUUGCUUAUGUGAGGUGUGUAAAGACACUUGCUUGAUGGCACAGUCUUUAAAAAGAUUCAAACCUGGACAUCCUACAGAUCCUCACAAAAUUAUGGAACAAUACUGCUGCGACUCAACUGACACAGAUUGUAUCUAUGGAAAAUGCGAGGAAUGUGAAACCAUGAAGAUUUUAGGCAAUUGGAAAAAUGAUGAAAGCAGUGAAUCAUCCGACCCUGAAAGUGAUGAAGAACACCAUCAAACAAACAACACCACAAACACCAUAGAUUAUCAGUGCUGGAUUAGAGAAGAUAAACAUAUAAAAAAAGCCACAAUCCAAAAAAACAUUGACAAAUGGAAACUAUCUCUUUCAACUCUGAAGAAACAUAUCCAUCGAAAAAGAGAACAGGUGAGGAAUAUAAUGCUGCCGGUAAUUACACUCAAAACUUAGUAUCUCUGAAG